CGGUGAUUGGCUGCCUCUCCGUGACAUCACGAGGCUCGGGGAAAAGUGCGAGGGUGAGAGAGACUCGGAGACACAGCCGCCGGGAGCCGCGGACCGUGCAGGGGCAGUCCCCUCCGCACCCCGAGCCGCACUGCCCCCCGCCCGUCUCGGCCCCGGCACGGCCCCCGCGGCGGCCACCUGGCCAGUGGCAUUCUGCCUGGGUCCGGCCCGACACCCCUCGCCUGCCCCUCCCCGCUCUGCUGUCCAGUUCACACCCGUCCCGUCCAUCCCAUCCUGUCCAGUCUGUCCCGCCAGGGCCGCUGAAGGAGCCUCGGGGCAGCCCGGAGCAGCGCAGCCCAACAGGAGUCCAUCUGUGAUCCCCAUCUCCGGUGCCCGGCCCUAGCCAUUCAGCUAAGAUGGCAAACUUCACUCCAGUCAAUGGCAGCUACGGCAACCAGUCUGAUCAGUCUGUGCAGGCGAUGCCCUCGGCUCCCAACCGAUACGAGACGGUGGAGAUGGUGUUCAUUGCCACCGUGACUGGCUCCCUGAGCCUGGUGACCGUUGUGGGCAACAUCCUUGUCAUGCUCUCCAUCAAGGUCAACCGGCAGCUGCAGACGGUCAACAAUUACUUCCUGUUCAGCCUGGCUUGCGCCGACCUCAUCAUCGGGGCCUUCUCCAUGAAUCUCUACACUGUGUACAUCAUCAAGGGUUACUGGCCUCUGGGGGCCGUACUCUGCGACUUGUGGCUGGCGCUGGAUUACGUGGUCAGCAACGCAUCUGUGAUGAACCUCCUCAUCAUCAGCUUCGACCGCUACUUCUGUGUGACCAAGCCGCUCACCUACCCAGCGCGGCGUACCACCAAGAUGGCGGGCCUCAUGAUUGCCGCUGCCUGGGUGCUGUCCUUCGUACUCUGGGCUCCAGCCAUCCUCUUCUGGCAGUUUGUGGUAGGGGAACGGACGGUGCCGGACAACCAAUGCUUCAUCCAGUUCCUGUCCAACCCGGCAGUCACCUUUGGCACAGCCAUCGCGGCUUUCUACCUGCCUGUGGUCAUCAUGACCGUGCUCUACAUCCACAUCUCCCUGGCUAGUCGAAGCCGGGUCCACAAGCACCGUCCCGAGGGGCCCAAGGAGAAGAAGGCCAAGAACCUCUCAUUCCUCAGGAGCCCCCUCAUGAAGCAGAGUGGCAAGAACCCGAGCCAGAAGCCGCUGGAGCCCGGGAAGGAGGAGAUCCGUAAUGGAAGGCUCGAGGAGGCUCCUCCGCCAGUCCUGCUCCCGCCACGGCCAGCAGAGGAGAAAGACAUGUCCAAUGACUCCAGCUCGGCCAGCGUCACCCAGAACACCAGGGAGAGGCCCCUGACUGAGGGGUCCACAGCUGAGACUGGCUGCAGCCCGUCCACUCCGCUGCCCCCACGCCCACGAGCGCUCAAUCCGGCCUCCAAGUGGUCCAAGAUACAGAUCGUAACAAAGCAGACGGGGAACGAGUGCGUGACGGCCAUCGAGAUCGUCCCUGCCACGCCUGCCAGCUUGCGCCCGGCCGCCAACGUGGCCCGCAAGUUUGCCAGCAUUGCCCGCAAUCAGGUGAGGAAGAAGCGGCAGAUGGCGGCACGGGAGAGGAAGGUGACGCGGACCAUCUUCGCCAUCUUGCUGGCCUUCAUUGUCACCUGGACGCCCUACAAUGUCAUGGUGCUGGUCAACACCUUCUGCCAGAGCUGUGUCCCUGACACUGUGUGGUCCAUUGGCUACUGGCUCUGCUAUGUCAACAGCACCAUCAAUCCUGCUUGCUACGCCCUCUGCAAUGCCACCUUCAAGAAGACCUUCAAGCACUUGCUUCUGUGCCAGUACAGAAACAUUGGUACUGCCAGGUAAGUGGGCAUGGCUCCAUGGAUGGGGACUUCCUACCGCUCUGGGUUCUGAGCGGUUCCAGGGUGCCUCUCUAUGGCCCACUACCUGUCCCACUCAAGAGGAGAGAAAAGACUCAGACAGGUGGCAUCCUUUUCCCUAUGGCCUAGAGGAUGGCUCAGGAAAGGUACUGGAGUGUCCCCAGUGUGUUUGGAGUCACCAGAGUGGAAGGUCUGGGAGGCUUGGUCCUCACAUUAUCCUUGUUCCCUGGCCUCCAAGGGCAGGGAGUGGUGGAUGGGCCCCCUAGCCCCAGAGGCUGCUGGUGGGACCAAAGUGGACUUUGGCUCCAGAGAGGUCGUGUGGAUUCUUUUCAGGACUUCAAGGCCAGGACCCAGCAGACAUGUGGCCAGAAGGAGCUGGAUACCCUCGUAUUGAGAUCGGGGCGGGGGGGGGUUUGGGAGGACCUGGAAGAAAGCAAGGUCUGCCUCUAGGGAACCAAUGUCUAACAAUUCCCUGAAAACCUGAGGUGGUUGGACAUGUAUACCUGGUGACUGGAAAAAGGGGUGGGGUGUGGGGCGCAGUGCUGGCCAAGGUGCCAGGAAUGCGGCUGCCGGAGGGGAAGAUUGGGCUUGAACCCCAGCCAACAGGACUACUGGGUGGGGUGCGGCAUAAGAAGGUGUAGGGUUGGCAUGUGGAUGCUUGGUUUCUUGUAUGUAGGGGUAGGGAGGGGGAAAUCAGGCCCUUUGGCUCUGAGGGUCCAACUGUAUUGGGAGCAGCUCCCUAACCCCGGUGUGUAUGUGGUACUGCUUAACCCACCUGCAUGCAGGGUUCAGCCCGACCUCCAGUCUAUUCCAGUAGGCAAUAAAUCUCCCCACUUCCCUCUUUGUAGCCUGGCCAGUGGGUCUCCCUUACUCCCCACCAAGGCUGUGUGACCUUUGUGGGUUAUGUUGCGGAUUCAGAACACUGAAAGUCCUUCCAGCUGUCAAACCCUGUAGGUCUAGAGGUUAGAGUGGCUGAUCCCAAGAGCUCACCUCAUCCCCCCAUUUCCCCCUGGGCCGCAGUAGCUCCUUCCACCAUAUGGGGUUGGUGCAGCCGGACAGCUUCAUGGUCUAAAUUGAGCCAAAGGGAGGCUUCACCACUUCUCACCUUCUGUGUUCAGGAUGCUGACUGGAGACUAUUGGGCAUCUGUUUGAAAUGAGAGCAGGGCAGCCUUGGUGCCCUCAGCAUCCCUGGAAAGAAGGAAAUGUGGCCUCCUAGGUCUUCACCUACAGCCUCCCUCAGGGUCUCACCAUCUUGCUCCUGAAAUACACUCACAUUUGAGUGGCACGUGGGAGGGAUGGGAGACUAGGGUGUGUGUGUGUGUGUGUGAGAGAGAGAGAGAGAGAGAGAGAGAAACAGAGACAGAGACAGG